CGGGUCUCGUGGUUUCAGUGAAGUUAAGUUAAGGUUAACACCGAAGUGUAAGCACCAAUAACAUUUUAAGUUUAAUGAAGCAGUAUAAUUAUUUGAAGUGAGUUAAUAUUUAUUUUGUUUGUGAAAUCCAAACAAGUUAAUUUAUUUAUUUUUGUUAAAAUGGCAAGUUUCCCCGGGUCAAUCGCCUUUGAUGAGUAUGGACGACCAUUCAUUAUUAUCAAGGAUCAAGACAGGCAAAAGCGAUUAACCGGUAAUGAUGCUAUAAAGUCUCAUAUUUUAGCUGGUAGAUCUAUUGCUAAUACCUUAAAAACCUCACUAGGACCUAAAGGACUUGACAAAAUGAUGGUUUCGCCUGAUGGUGAUGUCACGGUCACAAACGAUGGAGCCACAAUUCUGAAGCAAAUGGACGUCGACCAUGAAAUUGCCAAAUUAAUGGUUCAGUUAUCUCAAUCUCAAGAUGAUGAAAUAGGAGAUGGUACCACAGGAGUUGUGGUACUAGCCGGUGCCCUCUUGGACCAGGCAGAAGUACUUCUUGACAAAGGAAUACAUCCCAUCCGUAUCGCUGAUGGUUUCGAAUUAGCAGCACAAUGUGCAGUUAAGCAUUUAGAUGAAAUUGCAGAUAGUUUUCCUGUUGAGCAGUCUAACCUGGAGCCUUUGAUUCAAACUGCCAUGACUACUCUUGGCUCAAAGAUUGUGAACAAAUGUCAUCGGCAAAUGGCAGAAAUUGCAGUGGAAGCUGUAAUGGCAGUGGCUGAUCUGCAGAAAAGAGAUGUGAAUUUUGAACUUAUUAAAGUCCAAGGAAAAGUAGGUGGCCGUCUUGAAGAUACAAUGCUUGUUAAAGGCGUCGUCGUAGACAAAGACUUCUCGCAUCCUCAGAUGCCCAAAGUAUUAAAAGACGUUAAACUUGCUAUUCUCACCUGUCCGUUUGAGCCCCCAAAGCCUAAGACCAAGCAUAAGCUGGAUGUAACAUCUGUUGAAGACUACAAAGCUCUUCGUCAAUAUGAAGCUGAAAAGUUUACUGAAAUGGUUGAUCAAGUUAAAGGUGCUGGUGCAACAUUGGCUAUUUGUCAGUGGGGUUUUGAUGACGAGGCUAACCAUCUAUUGUUGCAAAAGGAGUUGCCAGCUGUACGCUGGGUCGGAGGACCAGAAAUUGAGUUGAUCGCCAUUGCUACAGGUGGUCGUAUUGUUCCUAGAUUUGAGGAACUCUCACCAGACAAGUUGGGGCACGCGGGACUGGUUCGUGAAAUGAGCUUUGGAACAACAAAAGAUCGUAUGCUGGUUAUUGAAGAAUGUAAAAACUCAAGAGCGGUAACCAUAUUCAUUCGCGGAGGUAACAAGAUGAUCAUUGAAGAAGCUAAGAGAAGUCUUCACGAUGCUCUGUGUGUUGUCAGGAAUCUUGUUCAAGAUAAUCGUGUUGUGUAUGGAGGAGGUGCCGCUGAAAUCUCGUGUGCUAUCGCUACUUCUAAGGAAGCCGACAAGAUAUCUUCAUUGGAGCAGUACGCAUUCAGGGCGUUUUCAGAAGCUUUGGAGUGCAUUCCAUUGGCGCUGGCCGAGAAUUCUGGUCUUUCUCCAAUUCAUACUCUGACUGAGGUAAAGGCAAGACAAAUUCAAGAGAAGAACCCUGCCCUUGGCAUUGACUGUAUGCUGAAAGGAACAAGUGACAUGAAGGAGCAACAUGUCAUCGAAACUCUGCACAGCAAGAAGCAACAGUUACUUCUUGCAACACAGUUGGUGAAAAUGAUUCUCAAGAUUGAUGACAUCCGCUCACCAAACGACAAUAUGUAAAUACUUGAUGUAAGAUUACUCCUUUUUUUAAAGCUAGCCUACAAGUUCUUUUAGCUAUAAUUAAUUUUGUAACCUUCUGUAGGCCCUAUUAAUUUUCUAGUUUGCACCGGUAUGUAACUUAUGUUUUGCUGUAAAACUUGCGAUAAACUAAGUAGGCCUAGCCUAGAUAUCUUUGGCCUAACUUACUAAAGAUUUAAAGUUAUUUUUUUGUUAUUUCAUUACUGGCCAUAAUUAAUUUUUCAUGGUUUAAGACAUCAAAGGCUGUUUCAGAGUUAUAUUUUGUUGUUCCCAUUUAAAUUUAGCUAAGUUGGCUAAUUUGAUUAUGGGAGUGUUUCAAUAUGUGCAAAAAAAUUAACAAUUUAGGCUACAUCUAUUUUAACUAGGCUAACUUAGCCUAUUAGUUUUUAUCUUAGACUUGAAAAUGAAAACUAAACUUUUUUACUUAUAGGCCUAGGCUAUGAAAAGUGUUUAAAACUAAACUCAAUGACUUAAUGAAGGUGUAUGUAAAUUUUUCUUUUCACAUUCCUGCAAGUAAUCUUUUAAGCAUGAUUUAUUAGGCCUACACAGUCCAGCUUAGCCUACUGAAUGUUAAGAUGCAAUUAUUUAUUAACCUUCAUCAAUAGAUCCAGCUUUUAAUUUAAGGUUUUUGUUUUAAAUAGAAUUCAAUGCUGGGAGUGAAUUUUUAUACUAUUGGUCAAAUUUGAUGUUUCAAUGAUUGUAGGCUACCUAACAAUUUUAUUGUGCACAUUGAAAAGUUUUGUUUUAUUAUGUUUAUUACACUUGUGGAGGAUUUAACUCUUGCUUCAAUUCAGAACAAAAUAUGAUGUGUUUUAACUGAAAAGCUUUGUUUACUUAAUGAUACUAACCUAUAAAAGAUGUUUACGUAUAAUUAUGAGAAUGCACUUUAAUAAUAAAGAUGUUGCUUUAUAAAAUG